ACACCGUAUACUGUGUCGAGUAAUUAGCCGAGGUAGUCACCGACGGAUAUUUUUACAUCGUCGUAUUAAAUCAUGGACAUAACUUUUUUAGGAACAGCAUCCGCUCACCCAUCACCUACUCGAGGAGUGUCAGGCACGGUGGUAAAAAGUGAUGGAGAGGCAUGGCUUGUAGAUUGCGGUGAAGGCACCCAGAUUCAGUUAAUGAAAAGCUCAGUCAAGCCUGGUCGCAUCACCAAGAUUUUCAUCACGCAUCUCCAUGGUGACCACUCGUUUGGAUUGCCGGGUCUAUUAUGCACCCUCAAUACGGCCUUCCUUGAUCCGGACAGAGAGGGCAGUAUUAUGGAGAUAUAUGGUCCUCAGGGUUUAAGAAAGUAUGUCCGUGUGAGCUUGGAACUGUCAAGAUCAGAGAUGUCAUACUCCUAUGUGGUACAUGAGCUUCAGGUUCCAGAUACUGACCAUCCCCACGACUGGGAGUCAUGGAAACCAUCACAUGAGGCAGAGGGUUCAUUGCAUCCAAAUGAAAAGGCAGGAAGAAAUAUCACUAUGAAUGCUGAUGGCAUUUACAAUCUACAUGAAGAUGAUCGUCAUAUCAUACAGGCUGCCCCUCUGACUCACCGGGUUCCUUGCUUUGGAUAUGUGUUUCUCGAGAAGCCUCAACCAGGCAGGUUAGAUGCUGAGAUGCUCCGGAGUAGGGGGAUUCCCCCAGGACCACUGUAUGCCAGAAUCAAAGCAGGUCAAGAGAUAGAAGCUCCUGAUGGCUCAGUCAUCACACCACAAGAUGUGGUAGGACCAACAAGACCAGGAAGAAAGAUAGUGAUCCUUGGAGACACAAAGGAAUCCUCAAGAAUCAUUCCCAUUGCCAUGAAUGCAGAUGUCCUGGUUCAUGAGGCUACAGUAGCGGAUGAACUUCAUGAUAUAUGCAUUGAGAGAGGACACUCAACCCCAGCCAUGGCUGGUCAGUUUGCUGCACAGAUCCAAUGCAAGCAUCUAGUCAUCAGUCACUUCAGCCAGAGAUAUUCCCCAUUAUCACGUCAAUGCAAGGAAGGGGAUGAGACUGUUCAGAAACUUCUUGAUCAGACAAGAGCAACAUUUCCAGGAGGGAAGGUGACUGCCGCAGAGGAUUUAAUGACCAUCUCUGUCCCUGCAAGAAAGUGACUGCAGCAGAGGACUUCAUGGCCAUCUCUGCCUCUGCCAGGAGAUGAAUACAGCAGACGUCUUCAUGGCCAUCUCUGUCUCUGCCAGGAGAUGAAUACAGCAGACGUCUUCAUGGCCAUCUCUGUCUCUGCCAGGAGAUGACUACAGCAGAAGACUUCAUGGCCAUCUCUGUCUCUUCCAGGAGAUGAAUACAGCAGAAGACUUCAUGGCCAUCUCUGUCUCUUCCAGGAGAUGACUACAGCAGAAGACUUCAUGGCCAUCUCUGUCUCUUCCAGGAGAUGACUACAGCAGAAGACUUCAUGGCCAUCUCUGUCUCUUCCAGGAGAUGAAUACAGCAGAAGACUUCAUGGCCAUCUCUGUCUCUUCCAGGAGAUGACUACAGCAGAAUACUUCAUGGCCAUCUCUGUCUCUUCCAGGAGAUGACUACAACAAGACUUCCUGAUCAUCUGUGUCUCUGCCAGGAGAUGACAACAGCAGAAGACUUCAUGGCCAUCUCUGUCUCUCCCAAAAGAUUACUACAGCAAAAGACUUCCCAAUCAUUCUGUCUCUGCCAGGAGAUGACUACAACAGACGUCUUCUUUACCACCACUGUCCCUGCCAGGAGAUGAAUACAGCAGAAGACUUCAUGGCCAUCUCUGUCUCUUCCAGGAGAUGACUACAGCAGAAUACUUCCUGGCCAUCUCUGUCUCUGCCAGGAGAUGACUACAGCAGAAGACUUCAUGGCCAUCUCUGUCUCUGCCCAAUUUUUUUCUCUCCUUCCCUCUCUUGCACUUUUUCAUUCUUUUUUUCUCUCUCGUUGUUUUGUUUCUAAAGUAACUACUCAAAAUAAAAAAAUAUGAAUUCUUCAUCAAUAAACUUGAUUUCACAAAUUUAUUUCAUUUGCAGAUAUUUUUGAAGAGUUUAUUUCAUUAUAAGCAAUGAGCAACAAGCAAAAUGGGCACAAGUUAUCACUUCAUUUAUCAAUGAAUUCAAAAAAAAAAAAAACUACUGCACUUUUUAAUUGUAUGCAUGCACGAACCAACAUUUAAAGUGUUCAAUUUUUGCACAGAAUAGCAUGUGCUCUAUCAAGAUUUCUUCUUUAAUUCCAAAAUGCAAUUUUUUUAAUUCAAAUUUGAUUCCCUUUUUUGUCUUCUAAACUGUGCUAGUAAAAAAUGUGAUCAAUUUCAAAAUGACAUGAACUACAAAAUUAUUGAUUUGUGCUUCAUAGAUGUUAUGAUUUUUUAUAACAAAGAGAGCUCAAGGAGUAUUCCACAAAGAGCAAGUGUAAUUUGAUAAUCAUUCAAGAUGCCACAUUGCGUUUAGUAUGUAAAGCAUGCAUUCAUUAGUCAGAUCACGCCGAUGGGAUGCGUGCUACACCAUAUUCAGUCAUGAGAUCACAUGUUUACACACUUUGGACUUACUAUAAGUCACCCUUAACUCUUUGUGGAACAUCUUAGUAUUUACCUGGGCUCUGUGACAUAAAUCUUUGCAUUGAUCCUAGAACAUAUUUUAACGACAUAUUGUAUUGACCAAACCAUACGAUCAAUUGUAAAUAUCAAUCUUGCGAUUAAUCAAAGCUUGAAUUUGUGCAACCCAGAAUGUCAUUUGUGAAAGGUAUACAUUGGAACAACCGAUGUACAAUAUACACUGUCUAACUUAAGCACUUUUUGCGGUUGAAUAUACAAAUUAAGAUACAAAUCUUCUUUGCAACUUGCAUGGAGUUCUACAAAAUGAUUGAUUUAUGGAGAUCAAUAUUUUGUCCACAUUCGAUAGGGCUAGGGUGCGAAUUUGAUCUUGGUAAGAGAUUCUACGACAGCAGGAUUCUAGAUUUUAAUAGUUGGUUUGCUACCAUUUUUCAUCAAAAUUGAGAGUAGUUUAGGUUGAGCUUGCAUAUGAAUUCCUUUUGUCUUUUUAUUAGAAAUAUAAUAUUGCAAUGCACAAACAGUUUGAUAUCGAGUAUUUUCUCUUUUUUAUCAACACUAUAAUAAUAAUAAUAAUAUGGUCCAUUUAUACAGCUACUGCGCUUGAUAUCAUAUUAUUACCCCGGCUGUAGCUGAGCGGCCAUAUACCUAGGUGCUAAAGCAUUCAAGGUAUAAUGCCUACCAGCUACCCAUUCACCUCACCUGGGUCGAGUGCUGCAAAAUGUGGGUAAAUUUCUUGCUGAUGGAAAACAUGCCAUGGCUGGGAUUUGAACCCACGUCCCUCUGAUUGAAAGACGAGAGUUGUAACCACAAGACCACAGUGCCCCUCCUUUGAUAUUACAGACGUAUCUUUUUAUUACUAAGUUCACUAAUAUCAGAUCUGAGCCUUAUGGCGUAAAAAUGCUAGUACAAAUUGCUGUCGGCCAAGCCAAUGCCACUAUUUCAAUAGCUUAUAACAGAUUAUUUCAAGGAUGGUAAUGACGAGAGGUUUCUUGAAAUCGAAAUCUAAAGCAAACUGAACUGUUUAUGUUCCAUCACGAGCAAGACGCAAACAAUUGAAUAGUAUCUUGUAUUCUUGCCCAAUAAAUACUGAUGUGAAUUAGCUACCCUACUGUUUUUAACACUGUAAUUUGUACAAUGCUAUUUAGCAUAUAUAAUUAAGAGUUUAGAAUCGAUCAGGUCAUACAUAUAUCAGGCCCUAUAAAUCUAGUUUAAUAUACCAGCGAGGUGUAUAUCUACAAUAACAUUAAUGCAAUGCAAUUCGCUAUUGUCUGACGAUAGAAACAUUUUUAAAACUUUUUUUUUUGCACAGGUACACAAGUACUCAUAUCAUGUGCAUGCAGUAUACUGUCAUUUUAUGUUCUACUUCUGUGGAAAGUUUUCAUAUUGAUAAAUAAUUGAAUUCCAUGCAUAUUAUAUGUGCAUUCUUUAAAAUUCAUUACCAUGUGCUAAUUAUAUAUGGCCUUAUUUUCAUGACAGCAAUAAUUGUGAUAUUGAACUUGCUGCAAAUUAUAUUUUCUGACGUUUCUGCAUGUCUACUUAAUGUUAGAAAACAUUGUUAAACUU